AGGGGAGGAGGAAACCGCCGCCGCCGCCGCCGCCGCCGCCAUUACAGGCCCAGCCCGGGGCCUUGGCCGCUCCUCCCGCCGCCGCCGCCGGAGCCGGAGCCGGAGCCGGAGCCGGAGCCGCCCAGAGCGGCGGGAGGAGCCUCCCGGCGCCUCUGAGAUGCUCCCGGCCGCCGGCCUCGACGGAGAGAGCGGAGCCGCCGCCGAGCCCGACCUCGCGGGUGCGAAUCGGAGGUUCGGUUACUUCCGCGAGAGACGAGUAUCCCGGCGUUCCGCUCUCCCGGCGUUCCGCUCUCCCGGCGCUCCGCUACCUUCGGAUCGGGUAACGCCGUGACUCAGCCGAUCGCGGUGACCUCGCGGAGGGGUUAAACGCGGUUCGCGCUCAAAUGUUACGGGGGAAACGUAGGCUGCCGGACGACGGGAAUCGGCAUGGGAACGCCAGCCGCCGGCGCCCCGGCAGCCUGCCCGCGCUGAUCCCCGCCUCCCGCCUCGCCGCCGAGCUCCGAGCUCCCGUCGGAGCCCGGAGACUCUAAUCCUCUCGGAAGCGGUCGCCCGCGACAGGAUGCGCGGACGAUGAUGAUGGCGAGAAAGCAAGAUGUCCGCGUUCCCACCUACAACCUCAGCGUGGUGGGAUUAUCCGGCACGGAGAAGGAGAAAGGGCAGUGCGGCGUCGGGAAAUCCUGCCUUUGCAACCGCUUCGUGCGACCCAGCGCCGACGAGUUUCACUUGGACCACACCUCGGUCCUCAGCACCAGUGACUUUGGAGGCCGGGUGGUCAACAACGACCACUUCCUCUACUGGGGCGAGGUGGCCCGUUCGUUGGAGGACUGCGUGGAGUGCAGAACGCACGUGGUGGAGCAGACGGAGUUCAUCGACGACCAGACCUUCCAACCUCAUCGCAGCACGGCCCUGCAGCCCUACAUCAAACGGGCUGCAGCCACCAAGCUCGCCUCGGCCGAGAAACUCAUGUACUUUUGCACUGAUCAGCUGGGGCUGGAGCAGGACUUUGAGCAGAAGCAGAUGCCCGACGGAAAGCUGCUGGUCGACGGCUUUCUGCUCUGCGUCGACGUGAGCAGGGGCAUGAACAGGAACUUUGACGACCAGCUCAAAUUCGUUUCCAACCUUUACAACCAGCUGGCCAAAACGAAGAAGCCCAUCGUGGUGGUGCUGACCAAGUGCGACGAAGGCGUGGAGCGCUACAUUCGGGACGCCCACGCCUUCGCCUUGAGCAAAAAGAACCUCCAGGUGGUGGAGACGUCCGCCAGGUCCAACGUGAACGUCGACUUGGCCUUCAGCACCUUAGUGCAGCUGAUCGAUAAGAGCCGGGGGAAGGCUAAAAUUAUCCCUUACUUCGAAGCGUUGAAGCAGCAGAGCCAACAGAUCGCCGCCGCUAAGGACAAGUACGAGUGGCUGGUCAGCCGCAUCGUCAAGAACCACAACGAGACGUGGUCGAACGUGAGCCGCAAGAUGCAGUCGUCGCCGGAGUACCAGGACUACGUGUACCUGGAAGGGACGCAGAAAGCCAAGAAGCUCUUCCUGCAGCACGUCCAUCGCCUCAAGCAGGAGCACAUAGAGCGUCGCCGGAAGAUGUAUCUGGCCAUGCUUCCUCAAGCCUUCGAAGCCCUCAUCCCGGACCUGGACGAGAUCGAUCGCCUGAGCUGCGGGAAAGCGGAGAAGCUGCUGGAGACCAAGGCCGACUUCUCCAAGUGGUUCGUGGUCCUCGAAGAGACGCCCUGGGACGCCACGAGCCACAUCGACAACAUGGAGAACGAGCGCAUUCCUUUCGACCUGAUGGAGACUCAGCCCGCCGAGCAGCUCUACGAAGCUCACCUGGAAAAGCUGAGGAACGAGAGGAAAAGAGCGGAGAUGAGGAGAGCUUUCAAGGAGAACCUGGAGACGUCGCCCUUCAUAACGCCCGGAAAGCCCUGGGAGGAAGCGCGCAGCUUUAUCAUGAACGAGGAGUUUUACAUGUGGCUGGAGGAAUCCGUUUAUAUGGAGAUCUACAGCAAGCACCAAAAGCAGAUCAUCGAAAAGGCCAAGGAGGAGUUUCAGGAGCUGCUCUUGGAGUACUCGGAGCUGUUUUACGAACUGGAGCUCGACGCCAAGCCGAGCAAGGAGAAAAUGGGCGUCAUCCAAGACGUGCUGGGAGAGGAGCAGAGGUUUAAAGCUCUGCAGAAGCUCCAGGCGGAGCGGGACGCCCUUAUUUUGAAACACAUCCACUUCGUCUAUCACCCCACGAAGGAGACGUGCCCCAGCUGCCCGCUCUGCGUGGACUCGAAAAUCGAGCACCUGAUGGGCUCGCGCUUCCUGCGGCCGUCCGAGCGCAACCAGAAGAACUCGCUCGCCGAUCCCAACGUCGACAGGAUCAACCUGGUGAUCCUGGGCAAAGACGGCCUGGCGCGCGAGCUGGCGAACGAGAUCCGGGCUCUCUGCACCAACGAUGACAAGUACGUGAUAGAGGGCAAGAUGUACGAGCUCUCCUUGAGGCCCAUCGAGGGCAACGUGCGGCUGCCCGUCAACUCCUUCCAGACGCCCACCUUCCAGCCUCACGGCUGCCUCUGCCUUUACAACUCGAAGGAGUCGCUCUCCUACGUGGUGGAGAGCAUCGAGAAGAGCCGCGAGUCGACCGUGGGCCGCCGCGACAACCACCUGGCCCACCUGCCGCUGACCCUCGUCCUCGUGAACAAGAGGGGAGACGCCGGCGGCGAGACCUUGCACAGCUUGAUCCAGCAAGGGCAGCAGAUCGCCAGCAAGCUGCAGUGCGUCUUUCUGGACCCGGCGUCGGCCGGCAUCGGCUACGGGCGCAACAUCAACGAGAAGCAGAUCGGGCAGGUCCUGAAGGGCCUCUUGGAUUCGAAACGCAACCUGAACCUGGUGAGCUCUACCUCCGGCAUCAAGGAGCUGGCCGACGCCGACCUGCGCGUCGUCAUGUGCCUCAUGUGCGGAGACCCCCUGAGCGCCGACGACGUCCUCGUGCCCAUCCUGCAGUCUCCCGCUUACCGGCCCGCCCAGGCCGGCGCCGGCUCCGUCCUCCUCGAGCUGCCCGUGGGGCCGCACCGACGGCGCGUCGAGCUCUCCAUCCUUUCCUACCACUCCUCUUUCGGCGUCCGGAAGAGCCGCUUGGUGCACGGCUACAUCGUGUUUUACUCGGCCAGGCGGAAGGCGUCCUUGGCCAUGCUACGUGCCUUUCUCGGCGAGGUGCAGGACAUCGUCCCCGUGCAGAUCGUGGCCCUCACCGACGGCUCCCUCGACAUCCUCGACAACGACCUGAGCAGGGAGCAGCUCACCGAGGGCGAGGAGAUCGCCCAGGAGAUCGACGGCAAGUUCGCCACGAUACCCUGCGGGCAGCCGCAGCACAAGCUCGACAUCUUCCACUCCUUCUUCAAGGACGUGGCGGAGAAGAAAACCAUCAUCGAGGCGGCGCACAUGUACGACCACGUCGCCGAGGCCUGCAGCACGGCGGAGGAGGUGUUCAACUCGCCUCGGGCCGGCUCGCCGCUCUGCAACUCCAACCUCCAGGAUUCGGAGGAGGAUAUCGAACCGCCUUCCUACAGCCCCUUCCGGGAGGACGCGGCCUUGCCCGCCUUGCCCAAAGACCACUCGAAGCUCUCCAUGGAGCUGGAGGGCAACGACGGGCUCUCUUUCCUUUCGGUUAUGAGCACUUUUGAAAGCAAGCUGAACAACAAAGUACCUCCUCCGGUUAAACCAAAGCCCCCGGUGCAUUUUGACCUCACCAAGGGGGAUUUAUCCUACUUGGAGCAAGGGCACCGAGACGGCCAACGGAAAUCGGUGUCCUCCAGCAGCUGGCUGCCGGCCGACGGCUUCGAUCCGUCCGACUACGCCGAGCCCAUGGACGCCGUGGUGAAGCCGAGGAACGAGGAGGAGAACAUCUACUCGGUGCCUCACGACAGCACCCAGGGCAAAAUCAUCACCGUGCGCAACAUCAACAAGACGCAAUCCAACGGCAGCGGCAACGGCUCCGACAGCGAGAUGGACACGAGCUCCCUGGAACGAGGCCGGAAGGUUUCCGCCGUGAGCAAGCCGGUUUUGUAUCGGACGCGGUGCGCCCGGCUGGGCAGGUUCGCCAGCUACCGGACGAGCUUCAGCGUCGGCAGCGACGACGAGUUGGGUCCCAUCCGGAAAAAGGAGGAAGAUCAGACGUCCCAAGGGUACAAAGGCGAUAACGCCGUCAUUCCCUACGAAACGGCCGACGGCGAGGAUCCGAGGAGGAGGAACAUCCUGCGCAGCUUGAGGAGGACGACGAAGAAACCCAAGCCGAAACCUCGGCCGCCCAUCGCGAAGGCGACGUGGGAGAGCAGCUAUUUCGGGGUGCCGCUGGCCACCGUGGUGACUCCGGAGAAGCCCAUUCCCGUCUUCAUCGAGAGGUGCAUCGAGUACAUCGAAGCGAUGGGCUUGAGCACGGAAGGGAUCUACCGGGUGAGCGGCAACAAGUCGGAGAUGGAGAGCCUGCAGCGACAGUUCGACCAAGAUCACGGGCUCGACCUGGCCGAGAAGGAUUUCACGGUGAACACCGUGGCCGGCGCCAUGAAGAGCUUCUUCUCCGAGCUGCCGGAACCGCUGGUACCCUACGGCAUGCAGCUUGAGCUGGUGGAGGCCCACAAAAUCAACGACCGCGAGCAGAAGCUGCACGCGCUGAAGGAGGUGCUGAAGAAAUUCCCCAGGGAGAACUACGAGGUCUUCAAAUACGUCAUCGGCCAUUUGAACAAGGUCAGCCAACACCACCGCGUGAACCUGAUGACCAGCGAGAACCUCUCCAUCUGCUUCUGGCCCACGCUCAUGCGCCCGGACUUCAGCACGAUGGACGCCCUGACGGCCACCCGCACCUACCAGACAAUCAUCGAACUCUUCAUCCAGCAGUGCCCCUUCUUCUUCUUCCAAACCCUACGGAGCGGGCCGGACCAAACGACGGCUUCUCCUCCGGGUUCCGGCGGCGCGCCGCUCCCGCUCGCUUCUUCGGCCGCGACGGGUCAAAGCUCGCCGCCGCGCAGCCCGCCGCCCUCGCCGCCCUCGCCGGCUUCGCCGCCGGCUCCGGCCGCGGCCGAGCAGCAGGCGCCGUGAUCCGCCGCUUCCCCGCCGCGACGGGGAAAAAGGAGGAGGAAAAAACAAACAAACAAACACACACACACAAAAAAAAAAAAAAGCCGGAAAAAAAACAAACAAAAAACACAAAACGCUCCGGGAUGAUGGAAAAAAAGAAAAAAAAAAAAAAAAAAAAAAACAAAAAACGCACCAGGAUACGGUGGGGAAAAAAAAAAAAAAUCCAACAACCCGCACCGGGACGGUGGGAAUAAGGAACCGGCUCCCGGUCGGACGCGGCGGUGUUCCCGCGGCGUUCGCCGCCUUCGGAGCGUAGGAAGCGGCGCCGCCGCCUUCCGGCCACGUCAGCGACGGGAUUUUGGGUUAUUUUGUUGAUUUUUUUUUUUGUUGUUGUUCCUUUUUUUUCUUUCCGCCGCCGGGAUGCGCCGGGAUUGACUGACUUGAGCCGGGGAAAAA